CAAAACAUCAUAGUCCUUGUACGAAACCGCCCAAGUUCGAAGCGUCAGAGGCAUUACCAAAUAAACAAUACCAUCCAACAUCAUAUAGUAUCAAACCCGCACCUUGGAAAGGAUUCCGCCUAUCGUAUCAACAAAUCGGAAAAUCUCAACGGGUAGAAUUACCCAUAUCGAGUCAAAGACAGCCACAUCAACAUCAAUGGCAAACGACAACCCGCCCCGGAUAAUAGGCAAUACCACCACUGAGGAUGGACGGCAAAGAUUCCAAGCGGAAAGCAGGGCAAAAAUCUUGCUUCAAGCCCUAUACCGCCAGAUUAAUCUGUGUGCCAAUGUCCAAUGGCUGAACUGCCCGUCUACUCGUUCGAGUCGGAGAGUACUGACUGACCAAAGGAUAUACAAAGCCAAGCGUAAUCAGAACCAUGCUGCGAAGGCUCUAGAUAUGAUCAUGAACUUCAAUAAAGGCGGAAGAGAGCCACCAACCUUCGAGAGAGAGGCGUUUUCUCGCCGGCUCAGGAGACGCAAGAAGUCGAACACACCGGAGAGACUCAUGAGACUCCAAAAACGCCUGGUUAAUGUUUGGAAGAGCUUCAGUAAGGAUCCAGAGGUGUUCUCAAUAUGUGCACGUACAAUUGUGUUCAGGGGUGCCGCUUUGAAGGAAACAGAUCUUGUGUGGGAGGCCUUCGAGAAGCUUCUGGAAGAGAAUUUUGUCAGUAUCCUGGCGUUUGCGCAGACGAGGCGCCUAGACACCAAAGACACCAAAGCCUUGCUCCCCUACGAUGGCCCGAUUCCAGGCCCUAUAAAGACGGGAGGGAGGGAUGUAGAGACGCUGCAUCCGCACGAGAUUGUGGUCAACCUCGAGCGCCAACAUUUGGAACGACGUCGUUUCGAAAACAACUAUCAAGAGAACAUCGGGAAUUACAAAAUUCAUCCGACAUGUCAAGAUGAUCCAACGUUACGCCGGCCAUCCGAUGGAGAGUGCGACGUUUGUUCAUCGGACACACUCUGUGACUGCACAUAUCCGCGAUAUCCCGCCUUAUUUCUCGAGCUGAUUGAAACUGCAGAUGGUCGGGGGGUUGGAGUGCGAACCCUAGCUAAGUUCACCAAGGAUACUAUGUUAGGUGCCUUUAUUGGAGAAAUUUUAUCCGAGAAUGAAGGGUUGCAGUAUGAUCCAGUUUAUUGCUUGAAGCUCGCGGCCAAGACUUCCAAUACCGCGAGGGCAGUUAUCUGUCCCAAAUGGUACGGCAAUUGGGCUCGAUUCGUAAACCACUCCUGUGAACCAUCUGUAGAAUUCCGCUCCCGCACGAUUGGAAAACAAAUAUACAUGAUGAUGGUGGCACUGAGAGACAUCGAAGCGUUCGAGGAGAUUACGGUCCACUACGGCAAACGGUACUGGAGAGAAAAGCAGUGUCUAUGCAGGUCACGGGCGUGCAAAGACAAAAAAAAACCGAUACCUCAGGGCGAACCGCAUCCGAUACCAACCAUGCCACCGAAUAACCCUUAUCGGAAUUGGGAACUCAGGAGCGAGCACGGGUGGGCGGAGUGGGAAAGACUGUAUCGGACGGAAAACUGCUGA